AUGGGCAUCACUGGCUGCGGGAAAACAACUUUCGUCAAUCUCUUCUCUGAUCGCAAACUCGAGGUCGGACAUGGACUGGACUCAUUAUCCGUCCAAGUCGUGCCAUGUACGUUUGAGGAUGGCACGAAGGUCUAUCUCGUCGAUACCCCCGGUUUUGACGACACCUAUCGGUCCGACUCCGAAAUCCUGCGUGAAGUCGCGCUCUGGCUGAAUAAGGCGCACACGGAAAAGCUGCGACUGGCUGGCAUCAUCUUCCUCCAACGAAUCUCAGAUGUCCGAGUAGGCAAUAGCGGAGUUAAGAACAUCACAAUGUUCCAAAAGCUGUGUGGCGACGGCCCGCUGUCGAGCGUGGUAUUAGCGACGACAAUGUGGGACAUGGCCUCGCCCAAUGCUGCAAUCGAACGCGAGAGAGAAUUACAAGAACAACCACAAUACUGGAAACGAAUGAUAGACUACGGGAGCUGCGUAAUGCGUCACGACAAAGGAAAGUCGUCAGCGCUCGAAAUCAUCAAAUACCUAAUGAAGCGAAAGAAGCCCGUAACACUCGACAUUCAACACGAGAUGGUGGACCAGAAUCUCGAACUAGUCGACACAGGCGCUGGAGGCGCCCUAGCAUCAAGUGUAGAGGGGCUCAUCAAACACUACGAGAGGAAGCUAAAAGAGCUGGAACAAGAGCUCAGGGAAGCACACGCCCAAAGCAACAAAGAGGACCGCGAGAUUUUGGAAGCAGAUAAAAAACAAUACCAAGACAAUCUCGCGAAGCAACAGCAGGAAAUGCAGAAUCUACAGGUUAGUGCGGCGCAGCUGAUAGAGGAUACUAAGAAGCGGUUUGAAGAGAGCGAGGUGUCGGCUAGGGAGAAUAUGCUACGAGCUCAGGCGAAUCAUGCCGCAGAGCUCGAGAAGCAGAGGGUGGUGUUGCAGAGACAGUUCAAGGAGAAGUAUCUGCAGAUGAUGCAUGAGCGGGCGUGUAAUGUAAUGUAG